ACCGGAUAGAAAUAAUCUCACCAUACCUGAUGCUUGCAUUACUAAUCUUUGCAAUGGCAUAAGCAAUUUAUGAAUGUUAUCUCAACACAAGUGAAUCAAACAAUACAGUUGGUGUACCCCAAGAACCAAACGUACGGGUAACAAACCUAAAGAAUCAACUUUGACAGCAACGAAGUCAACUGAUGUUAAACAAAGCCCAAUCCCACUUUUCUCGUGUAUAAAUAAAUUAAAGAAUUAGAUCAAUUCCAUCGUAUCCUAUAUUUAUCCAAAAAAAUAAAAAUCUGAAUUCUUGUACCUCCCCCAUAUUGACUUAAAUUCAUAUAUUGAAAUCAAGAAAUAGUAGGAGUAUUUGUGUGUGUUGGUAAAUGGGUUCAGAAACAGAGGUGAUAUUAGGGGUAGAUGGAGGAACCACCUCAACUGUGUGUGUUUGUAUGACACUUAUGCAUGACAACAUCCCUGAUCCUCUUCCAAUUAUGGGUCGCGCUGUUGCCGGCUGUUCCAAUUUUAAUAGCGUUGGAGAAGAUGUAGCUAGAGAAACACUGGAAAAGGUUAUAGAAGAAGCUUUGUUUGAUGCUGGUGUCAAACGAUCAGCUGUUCAAGCAGUUUGUUUGGGUCUAUCUGGUGUGAACCAUCCAAAGGAUCAGGAGAAAAUAUUAGGCUGGCUGAGGAGCACAUUCCCAAGUCAUGUUAAGUUGUAUAUUCAGAAUGAUGCCGUGGCUGCUCUAGCAAGUGGUACGAUGGGAAAACUUCAUGGCUGUGUUCUGAUAGCUGGUACAGGAAGCAUUUCUUAUGGAUUUACUGAAGAUGGAAGAGAAGCUCGGGCCGCGGGAGCAGGGCCUGUUUUGGGUGAUUGGGGGAGUGGCUAUGGGAUUGCAGCUCAGGCAUUGAUUGCAGUGAUGAGGGCUCAUGAUGGCCGAGGUCCACAAACAAUGCUCUCAAGUUGUAUUCUACAGUCACUAGGUCUUUCUUCUCCAGACGAACUCAUAGGGUGGACAUAUGCGGAUCCAUCUUGGGCUCGCAUUGCAGCACUUGUUCCAGUAGUUGUAUCCUGUGCAGAGGAUGGUGAUCAAAUUGCAGAUGAGAUCUUACAUAAUGCAGUUCAAGAAUUGGCUCUAAGUGUCAAAGCUGUUGUCCAGAGACUACAUUUGGCCGGGGAAGAUGGAAAAGGCUCCUUCCCUGUUGUUGUGGUUGGAGGUGUACUCGGAGCUAACAAGAAGUGGAAUAUAGGGAAUGAAGUUACUACUUCUAUUUUAAAGACAUAUUCCGGAGCUUGUGUAAUUAGACCAAAGGUGGAGCCUGCAGUUGGAGCUGCUUUACUUGCAUUAAAUUUCUUGAUGAAAGAAACAGUAGCUAAUGACCACAGUUGAUACCUGAUUGUACAGAUCUAAAAGUGUUUUAACUGUAUAACCCAUUGAUUCCAACUCCGGGCGUGCAUCCUUAGAUCAGUGGAUUGAUUAUAUACUGUAUUUUCCUCUCUUUCCAUUACAUAUGCAGACAGCUAAAUGUGAGGUAUUUAAAUGAUCCUUGCAACAUAUUGUUGUAACAUAUCUCUGUUUGCUAAGGUUGACCGUCUUUUGGUGCUAGGAGGGAGGAACUGGAAGGAGAUUACUUGACAUAGUUGCAUUUGUAAUGCAAAUGGAUACUUAAAAUUUCACAAAUCUAUAUCUAUAUAGUAUCUUUUAUAGCA